AUGGACCGGUCAAGUCUCGCACAGCGACGAAAACAGAUAAGAGAGAAGGAGAACGACAUCAGCAAAACCAAUUCUAGCGAGAAAGCAAUUAAGAAGAACAAAAUUGUCAAGGGAAAAGAAACAACGCGCAGCAUCGCGAACAAAGACCCACCGAGCGCAACGACAUUGCGAAAAGGUGAAUAUGAGCCGCAAUCGGUAGUACCAAGUAACACCAAUUCGCCUCAGGCGCCAUUUCCAUCGCCACUGAAAGGAAACUUUAGCUCAAAGCCAGUAAAAGUGACGACUGCUUACAAUCCUGAGAUCAAUGCUGAGCUCGUGGUGCAUAAGCUUCUACAGAGGUCGCAAUUUCGUGAUGUGGAGGAGUAUCUUCAGUCGGUAACAAAACCUGAUCUUUUCCAGCAAGCACUUGUGGUGGCAACACACGUUCAGGAGCUAAAGAAAAAACACGCGGAGGAUUUGGAAACCCUUGAUCAAGAGCUUGAUCAGUAUCAAGAAAAAUAUCGCUCUGUGACUAGUAAUUUGGCUGAACGAAAGCAGAUAUACGAAGAGCAAGAGAAAGAAAAGACCGAACUUUGUGAGCGUUUGGAGCGUGCAAAAGAGGAGAUUCAAUCCCUCGUCAGCACGAUUCGUGAACACAAAAAUAAGUUCAAGUCACUGGAGCAAACUAAGCAGGAACAAGUUCAAAUAAUCGAAGAAAUGUCAGAAAUCCGGAGACGACAAGAGGAGCAACUGAAUGUGGUCGAAAAGGAGAAUGAACAAGUUUUACGCUUUGCAAAGGAGCUUCAGGAACAGCAUACCAAACUGCAAGCUCAAAUGACGAUGAUUGAACGAGAUUGCAAGAGAUUUGAAGCCGAGCUGCAAGAAGAGCAAGAAACAAACUCUAAGUUGACGGUGAAAAUUGAGCAGAAAGAUCAAAUCUUGGAGUGGAUGUCGAGCGAGCUGGAAGACGCUCGAACCCAAAUGUCGACGCUGCAAGGCCAAAUUCAGUUGGAGACGAUCUCGAGACAUUCUGUCACUCAAGAGCGCGAUCGCCUACAGCAGCAGUAUCAAAUGGACCGACAAGACUGGAAAUCUACUCAGGAGCACCGAUACACGUUGGAGAAGAGAAAAGCAGACGAAUUCCGGAAGAUGGAUCUCGAACUUCGACGCUUGUCACAGGCUCUUUCACGAAUGCGAAUUGAAUGGGAAAGUGAGAAGUCCCAGCGGGAGAAAUCGGAGGACAGGUUGCAGGAGCUAGAGAUUUUCUUCGAUGUAUGUCAUGUUGAUACUGAACCACUCCAUUAUGAACUGCACGAUGACGAUUAUUUUUAUGGUGGCUAAUGCAGGAGACUAAAGUACACACACAAGCGAUGGAAGAAGAGGUUCAGCAAUUGAAGGCGCAGCUCAACGGUGUGAAAUGAGGGCACGAUAACAGAGCUCAUUAUUUCUUACAUUGUGUAAUCUUUGCUGAGUACAGAGGAGAAAGAGGCUCGGACAAGCAAGGACCAUGCUCUUCAGAUUGCCCAUCGGUGCUGAAAUCUUUUUUAUGUUUGUCGGUUAGCCGUUUAAAUUGAAAGUGAGUGUUGCAGGGAUCUUCAGGCGCUGCAGAAGAACUGCCAAGAUCAAGAAAACGCGAAAUUGGACGCUCAGAGUGAAGUGGCAUCUCUCAUUCAGCGGUACGUUAAGCUUUCCUUUUGAAUCGUUGGGUGUGGUGGACAUGACGAGUGACAUCCGCACAGAAUGAAGAUAAUUCGUCGCGAUCAUCUAGCGCUACUCCAUCGCGUCGAAGCGCCAAGUCAAUUAGGCGCACAUAGGCACACCAAGAUACAGACUAAUGAGUUCGAAUACUG